AUGAAUAACUCCGCCUGGAGCCCCUCUGGUGCUACUACUACUACACCUACUACUACUACUACUACUACUACUACUACUACUACUACUACUACUACUACUACUACUACUACUACUACUACUACUACUACUACUACUACUACUACCACUACUACCACUACUACUACUGCUACACCUACGACUUCUACUACUGCUACACCUACGACUACUACUACUACUACUACUACCACUACUAUGACUACGACUACGACUACUACUACUGCUACACCUACUACUACUACUACUACCACUACUACGACUACUACUACUACCACUACUACGACUACUACUACUGCUACACCUACGACUACUACUACUACUACUACUACGACCACGACUACUACUACGACUACUACUACCACUACUACUACUACUACUGCUACUACCACUACUACUACUGCUACACCUACGACUUCUACUACUGCUACACCUACGACUACUACUACUACUACUACCACUACUAUGACUACGACUACGACUACUACUACUGCUACACCUACUACUACUACUACUACCACUACUACGACUACUACUACUACCACUACUACGACUACUACUACUGCUACACCUACGACUACUACUACUACUACUACUACUACGACCACGACUACUACUACGACUACUACUACCACUACUACUACUACUACUACUACUACUACUACUACUACUGCUACUACUGUCAGUAUCACAAUCGCUAUUAUUAUUAUGAUUACUACCAACGGUAAUAAUAACAAAAGAUAA